AUGUCCACCCUCAACAGCCCAGGAUCACCAGCAUGCGACAAGGUUCUCGACGUCGGCGAACUCGUCGAGAACAUCGUCCGAUUCCUCCCCGUAAAGGACAUCACGCGCGCCAUGAGAUUGAGCAAGUUCUUCCACGCUACCAUCACAAACAGCCCAGAAGCUCAACGCAUCCGAUUCCUGCGCCAUGUUCCUUGGACGGGACCCGUGCUUAAGAAUAGGUGGAAAAGAAAGAGGCCGAAAUCAGCCAAGCAAGACGAAGACAAGAUCCAAUGGGUGGACUUGAACCCAUUGCUUCUGGCUGGUGGCGUUGUCAAAUCUCCCAGAGGUGGAGUGUGGGGUGUUCAUAUAUCCUUCCACGCUAUCAGUCAGCCCAACAUGGGCGAUUACUCCUCGAAAAUGGCCAUUACGAGACCCCACGUGCCCGGAGUGCGGCUCUUCAUGCUUCCUCCUGCUUUACUCAAGAUGAUUGAUGGCGACGACAAGCAGGUCACUCUCGGAGAUCUUCAAGUGGCCGAGGCAGGAGCUCAGAAGGAAUGGAAGAUGCUCGACGACAAAUGGAAGAAGCACGGGGAGAAAUGCCUUGUCAGAAACGGUGCGACCAAGAAGAAUGACGGUGGUGAGACAUGUUUCGAUGUGCUCUGGCGCGUGGAUUUCCCCCUUUGGCGUGCGCUUGAGGCUUAA